GCGGAGGCCGUUACAGCCCUUCUGUGAGGCGGCGGGAGCGGGAGCCGGGGAGCUGUCGGCCGGGACGCGGCAGCGGCCAUGAGGCGGAGGGGCCCCGAGGAGGAGGCCUGUGGCGUGUGGCUGGACGCGGCGGCCCUGAAGAGGCGGAGAGUGCAGACACAUUUAAUGAAGCCAAGCACCCAAAUGCUAAAACUCUUUUCUGGAGAGAAAAAGGCUAAGAUUUCUUUAACUCAAAGAAUUCCACCUACAGGCAUUCGGCAGACCAGCAUUGCUUCCUUCUUCACCUUGCAGCCAGGAAAGACAAAUGGUGGUGACCAGAGGAGAGUUUCAUCUCAUACAGAGAGUCAGACCAACAAAGAAUCUAAGAAAGAUGCAACCCAUCUAGAUCAUCUGAUCCAGGGCUUGGAGGAUGAUUGCAUGGCACCCCCAUUAGCCACUUCAACCCCUGCAGAUACCCAGGAAGCUGAACUUUCUUCUCGGUCCCUCCAGGCUUCUGGCCACCACAGAAUGGGAACUGCAUUUUUGACUGCGCUGUCUUUGCCCCAGCCUGAUACCUUAGUCUGUGCUGGGAAGAAUAAAGCCUCAUUCUCUUGUUCCCUCGCUCAGAACUUGGAACAUUCUCACUUGCUGGACCAAAAGGAAGGAGAGAAAGACCCUUCCUGGAAAAGGGAAUGGCUUCAUGGAUCUAAUAAAAAGAACUAUCAGGAUGUGCAGAGACAUGUUCAACCACCUGGGGGCAAGGGCCUUCAGCUAUUGGACAAGACCAAAUUAGAAAAGGUGUCUGCCAAAGAAACCACCCAAACCCCCAUCCUCUUUCAAAACUACAGGGAUUCCUGGAAUGGAGAAGACACAGAUUCUGGGAAACAAAGCCCUUAUCCCGUCUCUGUGUUUUCCUGGGACAGUGAAAAGAAUGACAAGGACUCCUGGAGUCAGCUUUUCACUGAGGAUUCUCAGGGCCAGCGGGUCAUUGCCCACAAGUCUAGAGCUCCUUUCCGAGAUAUAACUAACAACCAGGAUCGGGGCUUAGGGCAGUUUCUUAACAGCUCUUGGGCUCAGUGCCAGGAGAAGCCCACUCAGUUAAAUCUCCAGCCUGAUUUGCUCUUUACCCAGGACUCUGAAGGUAAUCAAGUUAUCAGGCACCAAAUCUAAAUGUCUUUAAAAUGGUUUGGUUCUAAAAGAAAUGAGAGAGCCAUAGGGAAAUUUUGGGGGGUGGGAGAGACAAGGGAUGAGGUUAUUACUAAGCAUUUUCUUUGUGUAAAUAAAGCAGGUGGUGCCACUUGUUGAGAAAGUAUGGGUUGGCAUUGUAUCUCUCCCUGAGGAAGAGGUUGCUGGUAAACUUGGACAAGGCUGUUCUAAUGAGCACUGAGGAGCUAGGGGAGGUACUUAUCCCUUCACUAAAGAGACAGUUGGAGGGAAAUUAUGUUGGUUAAGCCACUCUUUGCCCUUUCAGAUGCCUGUCUGGAAUGUUGCUUCUUAUGGAUGUGUGUUUUAAUCUCUGGCUGUUACCUACUCAACCUUGGAACUGUUAUUCUGGACACCUUUUUGAGUGAUAAGGCAAAAUCUCCUGGGGCCAGGUGUAUGGGGGCAGGUAGGAUAAAGAAAUAAGUAGAAAGUAGAAUGAUGGUAGGGGUUUUUGUUUUUGAAGUAGGCUCCAUGCCCAGUGUGGAGCCCAAUGUAGGGCUUGAACUCGUGACAUGAGAUCAAGUUGGAUGUCUAACUGACUGAGCCACCCAGGGUGCUACAAUGGUAGGUUUUUAAAAACUGUUAUUUUAUUUUUGUGAGGACUUUACAUUUUAAAGUCUUAUACUCUAUGUUUAAACAUCUCCCUAAAAAAAAAAGCCUGUGCUGCCUAACAAUCUAGAUGUGAUAAUACCACUCUUCUAUAAAGUAUAAGAGAACUCCUUUGUAAAACUAUGAACCCAAAUAAAUGGCUAUUUACAAA